AUGGGCCCCAACGAUAACGCAGGUCGGAUAUCUAGACGCUCCUAUGUUUCAGUAGUCCUGACAUUAUUCGCUCUUUGCCUGAUCAGCGCCACUGCCCGCUUCUACGUCCGAGUCCGCAUACAGAAGCAGGUCUCCAUCGACGAUGGCUUCUUGUUAUUCGGCAUUCUCUGUCUGGCCGCCGCAGUGGGCAUCAUGUUCGCCUUCAUGGACAGUCUGUAUAUGACGCAAGCCAUGCAAGAGGGGAUUCCAGAUUUGGAAAUGCCACCCGAUUGGUUACAGCGCACAUUCGACUGCCACAAGUUUCUCGUCGUCAGCCUCUGUUUGACAUGGUGCUCCAUCGCCUCCGUCAAGUUCAGCUUUUUGUUCCUGUUCAGAAGAUUGAUAGAUCGCAUACCCCGUCUAAUUAUCUACUGGUGGAUUGUUAUGGUCUUCAAUGUUGCAGUAGCCGGCUACGGAAUCGCCGUGAAUUUUCUUGCAUGCCCAUGGUUCUAUGACAUGCGUGCCAUACAGUGUGGACGCGGAUCCUACGUCCGUUUAGCAGAACAAUUUGCGAUGUCGCACAUAGUCCUCGACAUCAUAGGGGAUUUGCUGAUUCUGUAUAUACCCGUCCGACUUAUUUGGCAGAUUCGAGUGAAGUGGACCGAGAAGGCUGCAUUGUCAUUGUCGCUCUGCCUAACAAUCGUGAUCAUCGCUGUCACCAUAACUCGAGCUGCGGGACUGCAUCAACACGAACGACUCGACACGGUAUGGGAGAUCUUCUGGCAAACAAUGUCAGCCGAAGUGGGCCUCAUCAUGACUUCACUCACCGCCUUCCGCACCUUGUUCGUCGCUCGUUGUAACAACGAUGAGAGACGCCCGCCACGGAACUCAAGCGAGCGCAGCUGGAGCUUCCGAAGCAGAAAGCUUCUUCGUCGCUUCUUCCUCCCAUCCACAUGGCGAUCGAGAAGCCCGGGCCAGAGCUCUUCGGGGCAAAAUGAACAGAAAAGUCCGGGCCAGAAGGAACACCUUCCCUCCAUCCCGCGCGGGAUUCUGACAGGUGUUCGAACUUUCAUCGACGGCCGAGGAAGAACCACGAUGGGUGCGUCUCGGAUGAUGCAGAGCACUAUGGCUACGACAGACGACUGGCAGUAUUCAUGGCCCAUGUCCACGAAGGUACAGGUUCGCCAUGAGAUCUCGUCCACGUCUGAAAGGAUUUCAGAUGACGCCAGGCAACCUCAACCCGGUAGGGAAUACGUCUAA